GCCGCCUCCGAGCUCGCCCGCGCGGCGGCGCCGGGGUUCGCGCCCUUACUGGUCUCUCUCCUCCGCCGCCUUCCCUUCCCCGGAGACGCCCGCCUGCUUGAGAUCCUCCACGAGCACUCCUCCUUCGUCGCCGACGAAGAGCCCCAGCUCCUGGCCUCCGCUGUCUUCGCCUUCCUCCGCCUCCUCGCCAAGAACCGCCUCCCUCCGGCCCCGCGGAGUAUCGAUUGCAUGGACUGUGAAGAGUGCAAGAGCGUAGAGAAUCUUGGAGAUUGCAGGGAGAAGCUAGUGUCUUUCUGUGUCUCCGUGUUGCGGGAUCACAUCCAAGUGUGUAAGCUGAUCGGGAGGGAUCUUGUGAGGUGUCUCCAUGAACUGGUGCUCGUGCCGAAGUUCCAGGAACUGUGGAAAGAAUCCGUGUUGGGCCGUGUCGCGGACAUCUGCCGCAUUGGCACGCCGGGUUGGUCCACUGCAUUGGCCAUCUCACCGGAGAUGGAAACGCAGCUGCUGUUCAUGAUGAACAAUGUGAAGUGGGGGAACCAGAAGAGGUACCAGCUGUGGUUUGCGAAGAAGCACUUGAUGGUGCCUGGAGGGGAGGAGAGGAUACCGGACAUUGUUCGGUUCAUAUGUUGUGGGUACCAUCCAUCAAAUGAGGUUAUGCAAUCUGGUGUCAUUGCCCGAUGGGCGGUCAUAGGUUGGCUGCUGACGAGAUGCAGUAAGAGCUACGUGCAGGCGAAUGCGAAGCUGGCGCUGUUCUAUGACUGGUUGUUUUUUGAUGAGGGUAAGGGCAACGUCAUGAAUAUUGAGCCUGCAAUGCUCCUGAUGGUAAACUCAGUAUCACAGUAUACUGAUAUCACUAACAUGCUACUUGAGUUCUUGUUUCUUCUGGUUGAGAAUUAUGAGGUGCAGAGAAAGGAGGCGAUCGGUGCGUGUGUAAGGAAUGCAUUUGGGGUACUGGUGAAGAAAGGAGUGGUCCCUUCCUUGGAGAUAUUGACAUGCUGUGAGAAGCUAUCACCGAUGCUGAGGCAAAAACUUGUGGCAUUUUUAUCUUCUGCUAGUCCUGAAGAAACUGAAAAAAGCUGUGUGCAACCGAUUGAUGAGGCUUCUAAAGCAAUGGAAUUGGAGAACAGAGUCUGCUCAAACUAGAACUAGUUACUGGUUAAUCACGGUGCUCUGUGUUGUCAAACUAGACAUCUUUACUGGUUAAUCAUUUGCCAGAAAUUGCUUCUUUGAAAUCGUCGGGAAGACCUAGAUAGAGUACUUGAAGAUGGUACGGGCAUCACAAGUGGAGGUGAGCACAUCCUUUGAGGAUGGAAGAAAACGAGUUAUAGAAUGUGGGCUUACCAACAGCUGGCCGUAUGAGCUACGCAUACUAUAUCCAUGCUGACUGAUAUCACACGGACACAUUUUUUGACAUCGUUACAGUCUAACCCAUACAGUCAAACUGAAUCAGAAGUCAACUAUGUAAUACACAACCUUGUUAGUAUACUCAUAUUCAUUGUUAUGAGAUAAUGAACAGGCCUUAGCAUUGGUUUCUCAUUUGAAGUAUGGAAAUGGUAUAUACAUUUAACUGAAAGACACAAUAUGUGCUUCAUGCCAUGUAUUUAAAUUAGUUUUUAAUUGUAACAAUUUCAUGUACAGCAGAAAGCUAGGUAUUUAUACAAAUUUACAGUCUGCCUGAACUGAUUGGAGAAACCUCAAUGAGCUUUUGGAUGCUAGAAGCCUAAGACAAAAUGUACAGAUCUUAUGUUCAAAUGUGCUGCAGAGACAACAUGCACAGCAUCCUUGUGAUGGUGAAUGUUUUUGUGUGGGCGUCAGGGCAUGGUAUAUUUUCUUCGGAAACAUAGCCACGUGUGUGGAUAAAUUUCUCCUCGGUUAUAGGAGUUCAUCCGAUUUAAGUAGGCCACAAUUAUGCACUUGUAAAUAUUUUGUAACUAUAAGCUUUUGUUAUUCAAUUAGUAAAAUCUCUU